UACAGCUGAUAUUCUCGAUGCUAGGUCGAUGUCCCGUGUUGAAUCACGUUCCCGCGAUGGCUUUGUCGCGCUCGUCUGCUACACGUACUCAAUCUCGGAGCAACAAGCAGUGGUACUACUUUGCGAGCAUCGCUUCAACCUCCCAUCCUUGCAACAGGGCUCAAAGGAAAUAUUGUCCAAUUUAGCUUCUGCGUCACUGAUUGCCAAACACCCGCAACCCGCCGCCUUCGAGGAUUUCCUCAAUUCCCUGACCCCCAGUAAACUUGAUUGUCUGCACUCCCUUGUAAUAUCGGACAGAACUUCGGGCAAUGCUCUCUCUGAUGAUACUUUAAACCGGCUAAAGAAGAUGGUGAGCGAGGAAACAUCAGAUAACGCAGCAGCAACGGUGCAAAGUACGGCUCCUCGUCUGGGCCAGGCUAACUUGUAUAGAGUGUCUGAAAGGAGGUCGACCUUCAAGUCUGAGCAGGCUUAUGUUCGCGCAAGAUUGGAAAAUUUACUGCUCGACUACGGCCGCGAUAAGGGACACACAUACAAGCUUGGUAUUAUUUGUGGAGUGACAACAGCCACAUACUGCUACCGACAUUCCUUCUACGCAACCUGCUUUCAUAUCAACUUUUUGGUGAGCAGUGAUGUCUCAAAUGAUGGCACGGGGUCAUUUUGUUCGUGGGAACUCUUCUUUGCCGAAUUCUGGAACGGAGCUGAUGAAAGAAUUGAGCAACAAUCAACAAAUUUGCCUUUCUGCUGCCCGGUGAAGGAUUCUUUCGAUGCCUAUUCCAUUCGCUGCAUCGUUUGCGACCAUACUUCAUGUAUGAUUGCACAUCCAUCUUCGGGCAUGUAUUACACGGGCAACACUCGACCUGGUUUCCCAGUACACCGCAAGUGGGGAGAUGAUCUACGUGGAAUGCUGGAGUUAGAUUUUAUAUAUUUUGAUCGAAGAAAUAGUGAAUCUGCAAAGACCCUAUUGAAGGAUCGGAGUUUCCUUUCGUCCCAUAGGAAGCCGAUAGCUAGAGCCAGUGUCAAACUUGAUGAUCCUGUUGAUGCAGUCUCGCAAACACCCAACAGACAGUGAACUUGACAAGCCAUGCUGAAGGCACUGGGUUCUCUGCACUAAUCGAUGCAGGUAAAUUAUUUGAACACCGUCGGUUGUUUAUAUACCAGGAUGAAUCCCGCCUGCUAAAUUGAUACCUGAUACUGUUAGUUGUGAGAACACCGUACCAAAUGAAUUCUCGAUUUGUGAGGCAAGAGACAGCCCAUGAAGCAAGACGUUGUUGAAACAGAAAGAUGAAAAAUCUGCUCCUGCUGGUUGGUACAGGCACUCUGUUUAUGUGACCUACUUGAGGCUUGCAACAACUUCUUUGUUAUGUUAUCACGCAACUAUUGUUCUUACUUUCUACUAUGAGUUUAUGGAUGAGAUGAAGGAGUGCUCUUGUGAGGGCUAGCAGGCCCUUCUUUCUUUCAGAUGAAUUGAACAAGUUCACGGCAACUCUCUGUAUCAAGUGCUUAUGCUAAUUCGUCAAAUUUGACAUUUUUACUGUUGCAAAAAAUGACCCGAGGAGCAAAAUUCUGACUAGUAGUUGUAUGACAAAUUGAAGUUACGAGAUCAUGCACAAAAAAGAAACGGCUUAAAAGGCUCGUGCCACAGUUUCAAUUCCAAAAGACUAGGUUCGGUACUGCCCAGCCAGACCAGGAACCAUCGCCGCUGAAUCAGACAACUUCAUCCCCUAGUAAAAAGCUUGAAGAUAAGAUCAUGAUAGGGUCUUUUUAUUGUCGCCGUCGAGACAACAUGCAAUUA